UAAUGAUUAAAUUUCAAAAUCAACCAAUCAACUAUGAUGUUAAUGGAUAUUCAUAGCCUAAAUAUCAAUAGAUGCCUCCAAAAUAACAAAAAUAAAUGUCUAAUUAAGGUUGCUUCCAAGAAACCUUUGGAUAACAAUAAUAUUAUGGUAGAUAAAUGAUUCCACAAUCAUAGGACUCCAAAAAUCAUCAAUAACCUUAGUAACACCAAUAAUAAUAAACACAAAAUUACUAGAACUAUCCUUAAAAAUAAUAAUAUCCAAAUAUGCAAUAAUAAUAAUAAUAAUAAUAUUAACAGUCAUAAUAAUAAUAAUAAUAAUAAUAAUAGUAAUAGCCUCAAUAAAAGGGAGAUCCAAGAUACUAGAAUGUUUAAUUCACAGCCAAAGAUUUUAAUCAAUUAUUCUACAAAUAAUAAUAAUAAUAAUAAUAACAAUAAUAAUAAUAAUAAUAACAAUAAACAAAUUAAAACAAAGUAAAUGAAAAUCAAGAAGAUACCAAGUAUACUUAACCUUAAAAAGCUACUGGUAAUGAAAGAUAGAUAUCUACUUACUCAUAAAAUCAAUAAUAGCUACUUUAAUAAAAAUAAUUUGGGGCACCUGGAAGAAUGCAAUCUGCUGAUCCUGUCUAAGCUUAAAACAGAAAUGCUGCUCCAUUAACUAACAUUCAGUAAUUAAUACAAUUAAUAUCUUAGAAAUUAGUAAGCAACAAAAACUAGUUAAUAUAUAAGUAAUGGUGGUGGAAUUAAUAAAACUUAAAAUGAUUACUCUUAAAGAUAAGCUACUCCAAUGAAGGAUUAAAUGAAAUUCAUGAGUAUUAAUAUUAUUUAAAGUUUAGAUUAAAAGCAAGUUCCAGAACAAAUUAAUCAAUAAUUAAUGUAUUCUCCUAUGCCAAAGAGCCAAUUACUAAAUGAAACAACAAAUUUAGCAAAAUUAUAACAACAAUAAUUACAAUAAAAUAAGUCUCCUUAAAUAUAGAAAGUUGGUGGUUCUGGAAUGGGUCCAGCUAUUUCUUAACCUACAAAUGCAUAAUAAAUAGUUGAAGAAUUAGCAAAAGAAAAAGAAAGACAUUAAUUAUUAACUGUCAAAUUAAAAAAAUUAGAAUAAGAAAAAAAAACUUAUAAUACAUAAUUUUUGAAUGAAAUGGAGAGCAAAAUUAAAACUCUUAUCUAACAAAAUGAUUAAUUAUAAAAUUUGAAUAUGGAGUAUUUAUUUUAUUUGAUGUUUUUAGAUUAUUAUAGAAGGCUUAGGAUUAACCUUAAGGAGAAAUAUAAGAACUUAAUAAAUAGAUUUCAUAUAAUAGUUAACAAUUAGAUUUCUUGUAAAAAUAAAUUAAUGAGGCUCAAAAGCAAUUGUCUGAACAAAUGAAAAAAUACAAGGAUUUAGAAUAAUAAUAUUAGGAAAAGAAUUAAGCUGAAGAAUAAUAAAUUUAAUUUUUAGUUACUGAUUUAGAAGAGAAAGUUCAUGGUUUAAUUUCUGAAAAUGAAAGAUUAAAUAAUUUAAUAGCAUAAUAAGAUAGUAAUCCAAAAAAGGAAUAAUUAUAGCAAUUAACAAAUGAAAAGAAUAAACUUAUUUAAAUGGUAUCAUUUAAAUAAUUAAAAUAGACUCAAUAAAGUUAAAAGGAAGUAUAAAAUUGGAAAAUUAAAUAUGAAUAGUUACAAUCAAAACUUCAGUCGGCAGACAAAUUCUUAGAACCAUAAGGAGAAUAAGUUGAAGCACUUGAAGAAAAAAUUAAAUCAUUAAUAGAAGAAAAUGAUUACUUAAAUACAGUAGUUUAAUAAUAAAUUGAAAGAGAGAAUCAAAUAGCAUUAUUAGAAGAAGAGUAAAUAUAUUAUUAAAAUUUUUAGAAUGCAAAAUUUAGUUGAACAAAAUGACAAUCUUGAAAUGUUACUUCAAAAUAGCACUAAAAAAUGA